GAUAUUGCUUAUUUCGUACAGCAGGGGUCCGUCGUGCGCUAAUACACCGUGUUUCGUUCCUUUUCCCGUCGCGAUUUCAUAAACAAGGUAAUUCCAUCUUCGCCGCUGCGGCCACAAGUUCUUGCGAAGAAUAUCAUCUUUUUCAUCGCCCAUUCGCUUCACUACAGCUGCCUUCAGCUCUCGAAUAUAGUUUUUUCUUGAAAGAAAAACCCGACAACACUCUCCAGAACGCAUCACUAAGUAUUAAAACUUUCUCGAUUGCUGCAAGUGUUUCCUGAACUACUAGGAGCUCAAAUUUCAUUUUUAUUGUUUUCUAGAACCGCUCACAAUGGCCUCUCGAGGUCGUUCCACCGUUGCGUCAUCUUCCAGCGGCGCCGCUUCAUCUGCUUCUGGUCCUAACAUGACCAGGCGCCCGACAAUCGAGGAGACAAAUCGCGACUCCAGGACUUCAACCUCGUCCCCAGGUGCAGCAGAUACGCCGGCUGGACAGACAGAAACUACAAUUUCGGGUGCGGGUGGCUCUGCAACAGAACAGCAAAUGCGGAGCUCCAGUACAGUUUUUAACCAAGAAGUCCAAGAACCAUCCUCGAGCAUCCGGGCGACCCGGCGGUCCACCCGGUCCAUCCGAUUCAUCGAAGAUCCGGUGCGAGACGAGAUCGCGGACCAGGACAAGAAGGCGUUCUACGACGUGGAAAAAAUGAUCAUGAACGACGUGCACCUGCACAACGACAAGGAGCACUACAUUGUCCCGCCGGUCAGGUGUUUCGAGCCGCAGGUCACCCGCGUGAAGGUGCUGUUCCCGCUGGACCUCGGCGCCGAUGAGCUGACCACCCAGCAGGACAUCCAGCGAACCGGGUUGGUGGUCGACAACCAGCACCCGAGGGGGAAAAAACAGGUGAAAAUUUGUUGGGACACGGACAACAAGGAUGAAUUCGAGGAGAUCGCGGAGGAACUCGACGAGAGUUACGCGCAGCACGUAAUGGAGGACCAAUUUGACCUCGGGGAGAAGUCGAAACGGCGGAAGAAACUGCUGCCGGCGAAGGCCGACAGCUGGGAAAAGGUGGAGAACUUGCAGAUCAUCCCGCGGGUGUCCUACCGCGCGCACCACUACGAGGGCCGGUUCGACGUGGAUGCAAACGUGAAGGACAUGAAGGCGAAGUUCUACGACAAAGCGCACGGCCAAAAAGUCUCCGCCCACGCGGACGCGAUUCAACUGGUGCCGGAACGGGUGUCGCAGUUCGACCAGCACGAGGUGGCGCAGGACGGGUUUUAUCGGUACUACGAUAAGAACGGGCAGUUUCGCGACGACGCGCUCUUCGCGUCCAGCACCUUCGGCCAGGCGGGGAAGUCCGCGGAGGGCCCGGGCGGACCACUGUCCUUGGACGGGGGGCUGACGGAUUGGCUGCAGGGCCCGACCUUGAUCAAAAACACGGUUUUUCAGGACCCCUAUUCCACGCAUUCCCGGUACUACGGGGCCACGUACGUGGGGAAACAAAAGCGCUUUAAAAAGUCGGUCACGGGAACCGCAGACGCCCUGAGACAGAGCAAGAGCGAACUUGCCGCGGCAGGCAGAGGGGUCGUGGACAACAGCGACGAAGAAACUUCAGAUCUUCCUCAACAGCCGAUUGACUACGAGGACGACCCGCCGGUGCUGCCGAAAUCCCACCCCUUCCACCCGAAGACGGUGGAGAAAUUCAACAAGAAGUUCUUCAAGGACGUCCCGCUACCCGGCCCCAUCACCGCGGAACUCGAGGCAAUUCCGGAUCGCGACCCCAAGCGCAAGACGAAGUCGGUCAUGGAAUCGGCCGGGGGAGCGCUGGGUAGUGUAGGGGGAGAUUUGCAGGUGGAGGAUUACGUCAGUUCCGAAGAGGAGCGAGAGAAAGAACGACGGAAGCAAUUGUUACAGGGGAAAAACCGGAGUAAAACCAGAACCACAGGUACAACUACACCAGGUGCCGCAAUGCCGCCCACCGUGGACGACUUGAUCAAUCCCGGGCCUUUGCUGGAAAGGAAAUCGGAGAAAUUUCAGCGCGAGGAGCAAUAUCCUGUGCAAAAGUAUCGUGCUCGUAUUGCAAUCAUGCAUUACAAAUUUUUUUCUUAUACGAAAAUCCGCAUUACAAAUUUUAUUUCGCAUGCCGAGGAAAUGCAUUUAGACGAGUGCGAUACUUUUGCAAUGCAUAAGCAAGAGAAGCGGACAUCAUCAUCUUCGCAGCAACAACUGCACGAAACCCUGUCCGAUGUGCCGACGGAUGAAUUCGAGGAGGCGCUGUACCGCGGUGCGCCGAAGACCGUAGACGUACUAGACCCCAGGGACUGGCUGCGGUCGGACCAGGACAAGACCAAGGUGGAGAUGCGGGGGAACCCGGUGGUCUCGUAUGUGGAGGAGCAUUUUGAAAUGCCGUAUCAACUGCAAAAAUGUCUGGGUCUGGAAGAAUGCCAGACUUGCCAUGCAGGUUUUCCAUGACCCAUGAGGUCUGGUAUGUAGGACAUAGCAUGACAGAUUCUGUGUUAGUUCGACUUCUAUCAUGCCUAUCCUGAAUGAGAAACUGCCUCUCGAUUAGGUCAAAAGUGGGCAGCUUUUGGUAAUCAUGCAACACAGAUUUUCACAUGAUUCAGAUUUAGCAUGACAAGUUCCUUUGUUCCAGACCCAGGAGACACUUUUGCAUUUGAUAUGCCGGACGGCAAGUUGAUGAACAGUUUGCUGCCGGAUGUGCCCGACGGCAGCGAGCGCUCCCCCGAGGAGGGCGCAAAGCUCGCAUGGAAACUGCGAGAGCAGGCGAUCAAAGGUGCCUACAUGGAAAAGAAACUGCCGACAGAGAAACACGAGUACGUGUUGGUUUAUGGGACCGCGGCCGGGGGAACUGAGGACAGUGAGGUGGUCGACGGCUACAAGUGGGGCAAAGAGUUCUACGCACCCUGGGUGCCGUACCCGGACGAGGUCGUAGCAAGUGACUCGGAUGAGGAAAGACUAGGGACUGCUGGGGCUGCUGGUGCAUCCACGUCGGCGGCGCAAAGUAGAACUUCGAAGAAGAAGCUCAAGAAGAAAACGCUGCCGCACUUUUCGCCCGAAGAGCUUAUUGAGAUGCAAGCGUGUCAGGAAAUUUACGGUGUAAAUUACGACCCUUCGAAAGUGCCGGAGGUUCUUUUGUCGGACAAAGCUAGAACAAGUGACCCUGCGAAGGACGUGCAACAAGAGCGAAGAAGUAGAGGAGAGGAUGAACAAGCAAAUAACGCUACUGCAGUUUCGAACGCGCAAGUAGAACCUCCACAGGACCAGGAGAGUAUGCAAGACCUAUCAAGUUCUACCCCUGAACAAGGAGAUCCCCGUAAAACGCAAACGGAAACCACUACUGAGACUGUUACCAUCGCGACUAGGACCGAAGAGGUUGGCAGCUCUACUAGAAGUGGCACAACUUCAGCCACCUCCCAGCAGAAAGGAAAGGCAAGAGGCGGGCAUAAAACAAAAAACCAGCCCGACUACGCAGAUUUCGUGGACGGACAGAUGCACUACAGUCGGUACGCUUACGAGGAUAUGCUAAAGAAGUUAGAGGAGGACGGCUUCACAGUUUUAAACAAGGCCACGCCGGUGAUGGAGCUGCCGGUGAGAUCCAACCUCUUCGAAGACUACCAUGCGUUCGAACUGAAGAAGAAGCGGGCAACCGUGGUGGAGAACGCGAACAAAAAGUCGGUCGCGGUCCGGUUUUCCGGGGCGGAACAACAACAAGAACAAACCGGUGAAAUGAACUCGACACGAGCGUCGAAGCAGGAAAGCUCCUUAGAACAUCAAGGAGCGAAUGGUGGCUCUUUCGACAUGGCAACGACCGCGCUUGCGGAGAAAGCGAGGGCGGAAACGGAGAAUGUCAAAGAUCCGAAAUCGUUUCUGAAGCGGGAGACGGACCACCAAGCAACCGAAGAGUUUCGCCGGUCGCUGACCGACGAGCACAGCUACGAGGCGUUUAUGCACGUGGGGCACAAGCUGACCGGCUUCUUCGAUGCCGAGGGAGACUACCACGCACAGCAGUCGAACUUGCACGACAUUCGGGUGGCCCGGGUGAAGCGGUGCGCUCCUUACAAGGGGUACAGCGAAACGAAAUUAGACGGGUCCAGCCCAUGGCUGCCGCCGGCGCACCGUUGGGAGGUGAGCGUGUUGGGGAAUAGAGUCUGGCGCCACGAGCCGGUGGUCGACAACCGGCCGAUGGUGGGGGUCAACGCGCGAUUGGAAAAGGGGGAAAAGGAGUUCACGAGCAGCUACGACCCGGUGGCGGAGGGGUAUGACCCGUAUAGCGCAGCGAAAAAUAGCUACGGCAAGAAAAAGCACUUCCCGCCGAACGACAUUUUGAAACGGUACUACGCGAACACGAAUCCGAAGAUGAACAUUUACGCGUACAUUGGCAACGGGCACGUGGUCGACGCAAAGGACUUACGGGACGAGUUUCACCACGUGUCCGACAUUUACCAGUCGGAAGACCACAUUGUCGACUACCCGGGAUUGUUCACGAGCAAGGAACAGCAGAUCAAACACCUCUACAAGCAAAAGUACGACGAGAAGCACCCCAUCAAGGACACGGCCGCCUCGUCGGCCCACCGGGACCCCAUGUUCUGGUUUUACGAAGUGGCGCAGGAAAAGAACCCGGAGGACGAGAAGGCCCAGGACGGGCGGGGCACAACCUUGAAGAAGGGGACGAGCUACUUGCGGCGCGUGUACCGCGACCUCGACUUCCCCCCGGCCAAGGAGGCGGAGGACAAGAAGCACCCAGUCUACGACUUGUUGCACUUCCUCUUAAACGGCGGCGAGACGGCGGAGGAAAAGGAGAAGCGGGAGCACAAAAAGCAGCACGAGAAGGAGCAAUUGCAGCAAUUCGCGAAGAAAAUCGACUACACGCGGGAAGCGGGGAUUGGCGGGACAGCUGCUCCGACGCUGGCCCGGCAGCACGAAACGCCGAUCGAGAAGAAUGCAGAGCACAUGGAAAGGUUCUUCGAGAAAAACGCGAAAUACAAGUACGGGGAAUUAAAUUACGGCGACCUGGAGAAGGAGAGGAAACGGAGAAUAGCGGAUAGGGUGAACAACGAUGCUGCUCUCUACCACGUGAACCGGGCGAACUUCUCGGAGAUGCUGGAAAUGAAGGCGUCGGUCGUGAAAUCCCGGGUGGAUCAGAGAGAGUCUGCGAUCGCGGAGGCCGAAAGGCAGUUGGGCGUCGCGGGUCUGGAGAACAAUAAAGUGCCUGUUAUCCCGUUGCUCGAGAUUCCGCUGCCCGAUUACGAGAAAACCUUGAAGCCGCACUUCGACGACCGUAUCCCGCUGCCGGAACAGAUUAAGGCGAAGGAGCAGUACAAAAAUGUCUACCACGCGAAACGACGGCACCCCGCGAAUCCGGAACACUUCGAGAACGAGGUGGUCGUGCUGGAGAAGCACGGCUACAACCCGGAGUACGCUUUGCAACCGCUGUUACCCCCGGUGUCGAAAGAGGAAUUGGAUGCCGCCUGUAUCCGUGCGGGCGGUCGGUUGCAGGACGGGGACAGAAUCCGGGACUUGGAGUUGCUGAAGCAGGAGGAAGAUAUUAAGAAGUUGCUCGCGUCUUUGGGGGAAGAAGAAGUGGACUACGGAUUCAAAAACAAGAACGAAAAGAUCCACUGGAACAUAUCCAGAGCAAAAACGUCCCCACCCCAGAGUCGAGAUGGGGAUCUCGCAACAGAAAUCGAGAAGUGUUGGGAGUCAAGCAUGACAAGUUCCUGUCUGUAUUGUAGUGCAGUUUAGCAAGUACAGCCGCAACACAAAUCCAUCUACUCAUCCUGUUUACAGCAUGACAAAGCCCAAAACACUAUUGGAGAUGCCUCUCGUGGGGAUUCGCAUUACAACUCUUCCUGUAACUGCAAAUCUGCAUGACAACUAUUGUGUGGGGAUGUUUUUACUCAGGAUAGAACAUUGUGGACCCGAGGGUGGAACUCCAACCGCACGAGUACCCGAUUAAGGUUUUCGGUCCGGGUAUCAAAUGCAAAAAUGUCUGGGUCUGGAAGAUUGCCAGAUUAAGAUUUGUAAUGCAGUUUUUUCAUGAUCCAGGAAGACUGGAAUGCAGGACCUAGCAUGACAGAUUCUGCGCGAUCUCUCUCAUGCCUAUCCUGCAUGAGAAACUGCCUCUCGAUUAGGUCAAAAGUGUACAACUUUUGGCAAGCAUGCAACACAGUUUUUUGCCUGCUUCGGAUUUAGCAUGACAAGUUGCAUUUUUCCAGACCCAGACAUUUUUGCAUUUCAUACCGGGGCUGGACCCCUUCUUGGGCGAAGUGGUGUCACAUCUGCCGAAGCGGAAGAGCGACGGACAGGGCCCGCCAAGCAUGUGGGACCGGAUUCACGACAUGAUCGGGCUGGGGUCGUGAGUGGAGAAGUUGGACCAAGUCAUGUGAAAACUUCGUGGUGAAGAGAAGUUUUUUUUCAAGUUUUACCCAUGAGAGUUUAAGUCGCCCAUAGUUUUUGAUGUUGACAUGUCAUAGUUAGAGACAUUGAUUUGCUGGCACAAAUAAUUGUACAUCUGUAAAGUAUAACUAUCGCUGCAUUUCCGUAAGUACGUUUUUCGGCCACGACUACGGCAUCACACAAAGAACAUGAACAUGAUCUGUAUCCCAGGAGGAACGGUAAGAGUACAAGGCCUGACUUUUGAAUACGCGCCGGAUGAAGAAAUUUGAAAGAAAG